AUGGAGACUGCUGCCCUCUCUGGCAACACUCGCAGGCUUUUCCAACUCAUUCGGUCCACUGGCCUCAGGAAGCCUGGUGUCAGUGAGGUCAUUUGUGAGGUGGAUGAGUCUCCGAUCACCAACCAACAGAGGCGUAUGGACCGCUGGGCCGAGCACUUUCACUCGCAGUUCAACUGGCCUCCACCAUCCAUCAGUACAUGCAGUACACCUUGCUGUCCACCCUGGCUCGUCCCAUUGAAUCCACCCAGCGAAGCAGAAGUCUGCCUCGAGAUUCGACGCUUGAAGCGCUUCAAGGCUGCCGGCUUAGACGGACUUCCUCCGGAGCUAUUCAAGUAUGGCGGUGUGGCGAUCAUUAACCAGCUAACCGCGCUGUUCGCAAAAAUUUGGCAUGAAGAGAAAGUGCCUUCCUCUUGGGGCGAAUCAGUUAUUGUCCCAAUUUUCAAGAAAGGCGCUCGCACUUCAUGUGCAAAUCAUCGCGGGAUUAGUCUUAUUUCGGUUGCCUCUAAGCUGUUG